GCAACGCGUCCAGUGCACUUUUCCAUGCCUCCAGGUGAAAAGCAUAACUGUGGCGUUUGGCUGCUUAUUUAGACUAAUAACGGGAAACCGAGGCUAUUAGCACCAACUAUCUUGGAUUUAUUCGCUGCCAGAGGAAUUAUUUUGCUGACAGGCUAGUUUGGGGAAGUUUUAAAUAAACAUUUUUAAGCUCGGCGACAACAUAACUUGUAUAAUGUCUGCUAAUUUGUUAAAGGAAAGAGGUAACACUAAAUGCACCAAUAGACUUUACAACAAUGAGAGCUGAUACUUGCUACUAAAUUAUUUUUUUAAAUACAUAUAUUUGCUACAUGCUAUCAGCCUAGACAUACCAGCUACAUGACUCUACAGCCACACGUUUAGGUGGUCAUUUAGCAGGGUGUUUUUUUUUUUUGUUUGUUUUUUUCGCUGAUGGCAAAAGAAGAAUGCAUUUCUCAGUGGCACAAAGCGAGGGACACCUCCACAGUCCGAAACCGGAAAGUCUUUCCUUCACCAGAGCAGACCCAUCAAUCCCUGAUCGCUCCGGCGUCAAACAGCAACAAACAAGGAGAUGACGCCCCCUCCUCAAAUGGAUCAUCUGCUGACCUUUCAGCCAGAAGAAGGGUGGAUCCCUCAAACAAACUGCUGCUCAUGGUGGUAACGGGGCUCUCCUUCGCUACACGCCUCUAUAAUAUCACAGAGCCCCCUCAUGUGUGCUGGGAUGAAACCCACUUUGGGAAGAUGGGAAGCUACUACAUCAACAGGACCUUCUUUUUUGAUGUGCAUCCUCCUCUUGGAAAGAUGCUGAUCGCGCUCGCUGGUUACACGACUGGCUACGAUGGCACCUUUCCGUUUGUAAAGCCGGGAGACAAAUAUGAGCAUCACAAUUACUGGGGGAUGAGAGGGUUUUGCGCCGUGUUGGGGUCCUUUCUGCCGGUCUUUGCUUACCUUAUAGUGCAGGAACUAUCUCGGUCUGCCACUGCUGCCGCCAUCACGGCCACCCUGCUCCUAUUUGACACGGGCUGCAUCACCAUCUCUCAGUACAUCCUGUUAGACCCCAUACUCAUGUUCUUCAUCAUGGCGGCAGUGCUCAGUAUGGUCAAGUUCAACCAGCAGAGCUACAGGCCUUUUACUGCCUCCUGGUGGCUGUGGCUCGUACUGUGCGGUGCUGGUCUUGCUGGGGCUCUCGGGGUCAAGUUUGUGGGUCUGUUUGUCAUCCUCCUGGUGGGUCUGAACACAGUCGGAGACCUCUGGAGAAUUCUAGGCGACCUGAGUCUAUCGCUGAUGGAUAUUGCGAAGCACUUCCUGGCCCGUGUUGUUGGCCUCAUCUUGCUUCCGCUUUUCCUCUACGUGACAAUAUUUGCAGUUCACUUUGUUCUGUUGAAUAAAAGCGGGCCAGGCGAUGGUUUCUUUAGUUCGACCUUCCAGUCGCGUCUCAUUGGGAACAAUCUGUACAAUGCGUCCAUGCCAGAGUACCUGGCUUAUGGCUCCUCCAUUACUGUGAAAAAUCUCCGUAUUGCUGGAGGCUAUCUGCACUCCCACUGGCACCUAUACCCAGAGGGAGUUGGGGCGAAGCAGCAGCAGGUGACGGCUUACCUCCACAAGGACCACAACAACGUGUGGUUGGUUCGCAAACCUGAUAAUGAAACUCAGUCUGGGACCCCUGAUUUGGUCCGGCACGGUGACGUAAUUAGGCUGGAGCACAAAGAAACAACCCGUAACCUCCACAGUCACCUCCAUCAAGCCCCUCUGACCAAGAAGCACUUCCAAGUUACAGGCUAUGGGAUUAAUGGAACGGGGGACACCAACGACCUGUGGCAGGUGGAGGUCUGCGGCGGUCGGAAGGGCGACCUGGUGAAAGUGCUGCGCAGCAAAGUUCGCUUUCUGCACAAAGCCACGGGCUGCGUGCUGUACUCCUCCGGCAAGACUCUUCCGAAGUGGGGCUGGGAGCAGGUGGAGGUGACCUGCAGUCCUUACAUGAAGGAGACUCCUAGCUCUCAGUGGAACAUAGAGGAUCACGUCAAUCCCAGAUUACCCAACAUUAGUAUUUCUCUACUAAAGCCGAAUUUUCUUGAAAUCUUGCUGGAGUCUCAUAUAGUCAUGAUAAGGGGUAACAGUGGCUUGAAACCCAAAGACAAUGAAAUGAACUCCAAACCUUGGCACUGGCCCAUCAACUACCAGGGUUUGAGAUUUUCAGGCGUCAAUGAGACGGAGUAUCGCGUUUACCUGCUGGGAAACCCUGUGGUCUGGUGGAUAAAUCUGGCCAGUUUAGGGUUGUAUCUCCUCAUGGUGGCCGCGUCGUCCCUGGUCAUUCACAGAGGAAUCGCGCUGCAGCAGAAAAGACUAGAGGAUUCAGGCGUGCUCAGGGGAGGAGGGGGACUUCUGCUGCUCGGCUGGCUGCUGCACUACUUGCCCUUCUACGUCAUGGGCCGCGUCCUCUACUAUCACCACUACUUUCCUGCGAUGCUCUUCAGUAGCAUGCUAACGGGAGUUACAUUAGACAUUCUGCUGAGAAAUGCCGAUCUGUUACUAUGCCAACCUUAUUCUGAUUGGCUGCAGAGAGGAGGGCAGAUGGUACUCUUAUUUACUGUUCUCUACAGUUUCUACCUGUUUCAUCCGCUGUCAUACGGCAUGACGGGUCCUCUUGCACACGACCCGAGCAGCGCCAUGGCUGGCCUUAAGUGGAUGGACUCCUGGGAGUUUUAAUCAUUUCUAUGAGAUCUUGACACUAAUGUGGUACAGUGCAGGUCGGAAGUUUAUAUACACUCAUCAUGGGCAAGAACGCCACAAUAAUUAAGGACCAUUAAUGAUGACAGAUUUAAGCUUUCCAUUUUUUCUUGGCUAGACUGACGAUGCAGCAAAAACUGGAUGUACAAUUUUGGAUUUAAUUCAGAAAAUGUGUAAUCCACACAGGGUCAAAACUAUGCAUACAUGCUCAGAUUUAUAUACACAGCCCCCACUAACAUUCAGUAAAGCUCCUUUCCAAGUUGCUGGGAAGCCAAAUGCUUUUUGUAGCAAUAAACAAAGCAUUUGGCAAAAAUCAGGCUGGAUGUUCUCGUCAUAAAUUAUAAAAUUAGUUUAAAUUGUUUUGUUUCCAGGCGUGAACCUGGCUGGUAUAGCAGAUAACAAAAUAGGGAAAAGCUUUUCUAUUUGAUGGAUCGUGACUUAGAAGCCAGAUCUGUUACAGGAAACCCACCAGUUUGUCUGAAAUGUGUCAGCUCCGAUUAGAAAAGUGGUCAAAUAUCCUGCCAGAAUGAUGCCAGAAGCUUGUUGAUGGCAACAAAAAAGGAUGUGGUUUCCCUGCAAUUUCUAAGUGAGCUUUAACCAGAUAUUUGUUUUAGCCUGUAUGUGUUGAUUUAGCUCUGUCUGUUUAAGAAGACUCAGGUUUAUAUUCAGGCAUGUACAUCCAAUUCUUAUCUGUUAGACAAAAAAAAAAAGUUUGUUGUAAAUGAGCAAUUCAAAUGUGUUGAUAAAAUGUCCAAAUUAAUAUGACAGUCUUAUCUAUUGUGAGUAUAUGUAAACUUCUGAUCGGCACUUUUAUAAUUGCUGCUCUCUAACGUGUUAACACAGAAAUAUUUUCUUAAUGUAUUGACGACAAACCUACCUGUCCAAGUAUUUGUGUCGCAGCAUUUCUGGUAUUGCGGGCCGCUAGUGUGAAUGAAGACUGUAUGCCAUUCAUCCCCAUGAUGCCCAAACUCACACUACAGCUUCCAUCCUAGAUAAGCAAAGGUACCUCCAAGUAACUGAUGACUGAAAAGCUGAGAACUUGUUUCUGAAUUAUCCUGUUUUGGUUUAAAACCCUGGACGUAAUUAAGCGGAAGGGGUAUUUUUUUUGUCAGUUUACCUGAUAUUAGUGCUGUCUAGAACUACUGACUCUGUGUUUUAUAUUUUAGUGUGACAAAUAAACAGUGGUAUUCUUGUA